AUGUGCCACUCCAGCUGCUCCUCUGGCUGCCCGCCUGCCUGCUGCGUGCCAGUGACCUGCCGGCCCGCCACCGUGUGCGUGCCCGUGCGGUGCCAGGUGCCCUGCUGUGUGCCCGUGAGCUGCAGGCCUGUCGUGUGCGUGGCCCCCUCCUGCCAGGCCUCCACAUGCGUGCCCGUGAGCUGCAGGCCCGUCAUGUGUGUGGUCCCCUCCUGCCAGCCUUCUAGCUCCUCCCUGCUCUGUAGACCUGUCUCCUGCAGUACACCCGCCUGCUGCUGAACCUGAGCUCCAUGCCAGCUGCCCUGACAUAGUUCCCGGGGCCCCAGGCUCAGAAAUGAACUGCGGGGUGAGGGUGUAGCAGAAUGAUCCAGAAGCCAUUCUGACCCUGGGGGUCCUCACCAGGGUGUCCUGGCUCCUGGGGUUGUCACUUGCUCAUGUGAA